AGCUCGUGGGAAAGCAUGGACCCCAGGCCUACCAGCGGCACGUUCGUGCUCGUGGCCACCGGCGGUCUGGGCUCGUGCGCGCCGUCGCGCGUCGGCUACCGCGCCGCGUUCCCGGCGGAGGCGGCGGAGCCCUACGCGGUGCUCCAGGCCGCCGGCGCGAAGCCAGGCGCCGCGGGCGCCGUCAUCGGGCGGCCUUCGGCGUGCGACCCCGGCGCCGACGCGGACGGCGCUGCCGCGGACGGCGAGGUGUCGCCUGUCGCGGGCGCGGCGGCGGCUGCCGGCACGGCCGCCGCGGACGCCCUGGCUCGCCAGGAUCGGCGCUCGGCGCCGCGCGCUGGAGGAGUGCUCCGCUGCUGGCCGUUGCCGCGGGCGGGGUGGUAUCGGCGGCGCUGCUGCGGCAGCGGCCGGCCGCGCUCGAGCUGGCGGACUUUGUGGGCGGGCUGGAUGCGCAGCUGCCCGAGCUGCAGGACAUCCUGCGGCAGAGGCUCCCGGCGACCGUCGGCGACUGCGGGGCGGCCAGCUCCUCGGGCGCCGUGCCGCCCUGCGCGGCGAUGGAGCUGUACAACGGCUCGGCGGGCGGGCUGCCCAUGCGGGUCUGCUGGGUGAACAACUUCCAAACGAUCCGGCUUGGCGCCCUGGAGCUCCGCAGGCCCGUCCCCGUGGAAGCGACCGCCGCGGCCGCUGCCGCGGGGCGAGACGUGUCGGUGCAGGGCGAGGGCGUCCGGGUGGCCCUCCUCACCACGGGCAGCAUCGGGUCCCUGAACAUCAGCCUGUACAUGGGCGACGAGCACCUCGCCUGGAGCUGGCAGGAUGUCCUGGCGCCCCCUUGCGCUCGCCGCCACCUGUGGAUUGGCUGUUUCGCCUGGACGCGGGUUGCCACACGGGCAUGCCCUUCUUCCGCGACGUGGGCGCCUCGAUGGGCAUCCCAUAUGACCGUGCGCCUGUCGAUGUCCACGCUGAACCGAGCGCUGGCGGGCAACCUGGAAGCCCUGCGGCACCUGAUGGACCCGGCGCUGCCCGAGGUGCUCGGCGACUGCACCCGGGCGCCCGCCGAGCUGCAGUGCCUGGAGAACGGCUCGAUAUACGUCGGGAAACAGGGCUUUACGUCGGUUGCGGUGCACUACGUCGAGGGCGUCAACACGAUGCGCAUCUCAUCGGCAAGUUUUCGGAUUAAUUCGUCGGACUUGUUCUUUGAUUUCGAGGGCGACUGGGAGAAGAUACAGCUCACCGUCAAUUCACAUGCCUUCAGAUUCCCUCAGGAGUGGAGCAACCUCCCCUGGCGGCUCAGCAUUAUGAACAAUUGUUCAAGCAAUGAGCUUCCACGCGUAGUGUCCGUCCACGUUGGGGAGAUGCCCAUCAAGGUCAAGGUUUUCGGAAUGUCAGCAAAUACUGGAUUCGAUAUUGCGGACAUGUUCGCGGAGCGGUUUAGAUACAACGUUGAUUUCUCACUAGAGAAUGGGUCUUUGGUUAUGCCUUGCGCGAGAGGCGCUGACCUUGAACUGAACAUAUCUGCUAUGCUGGCUCAGGCGGUGCAGGAGCAUGUGGCACCCUUCCUGACCGAGGAACUCAUCGAGUGGCAGGGCAGGGCGUGGACACUGCCUGGGCUCGUCAACAGGUUCACGGAGAUGGAAGCCUCGGGUCUGCAGCUGCAGUGUUAG